CGAAUGUCGCACCUCUGAACUCUCCUGCUUACUUUCUGCCAGAUGUCCGUAAAGCCAUUCUUUCUCAACGUUUCUGAGGAAAAGCACCAAUGGAUAAUGCAAAGAGUACAAACUGCUUACAUUAUUCCGGACAUAUCUCAUCCUCAAGGUAAAGAAUGGGACCACGGGACACCUAGUGACGUCGUAAAGGAACUAGUCGAGUAUUGGAAGAGCUCGUACGAUUGGCGAAAAGUAGAAAAGAAGCUUAAUUCUACAUUCGAAAUGUUCACGGUCGAACUGGAAGAGGCUGGCCAGACAAUUGAUCUGCACUUCGUGCAUCACAGAAGUCCUCGUUCAAACGCUAUACCCCUCAUCUUUGUGCACGGCUGGCCGGGUAGUUUCUUGGAGGUGGAAGGCAUCCUUAAGCUUCUAACAGAACCGAAUGAUCCCGAGCAACAAGCGUUCCACGUAGUCGCACCUAGUAUUCCAGGUUUUGCGUUUUCUUCCCCACCAACAGCUCCUGGAUUCUCCGUAGCCCACAUCGCGUCUCUGUUUAAAAAGUUGAUGGAUGUCUUAGGGUAUCACCACUUCGUAGCCCAAGGAGGGGACUGGGGCGCCUCAAUUAUUCGCUCGCUGGCCCUCCAGUAUCCCCAGUCUUGCAUGGGUAUCCAUACCAACUUUAUCCAGGCCUUCCCUCCGUCGGUUUCACAGCAUCCUUUCGUCGUACUCUGGCUCAUGCUCGGAUGGCUAACCCCGAGCGAGAAACGGCGUAUGGAUCGAAUGCAAUGGUGGUACCAAUCCGAGAUGGGCUAUGCGUUCAUUCAAGGGACCAAGCCGCAAACUGUUUCUUACGGCCUACUAGAUUCCCCCAUAGGGAUGCUAGCUUGGCUGUAUGACAAGCUUCAUGCACUUGUAGCGCCCGGAUUCGUAUGGGACAAAGAAGUCGUUAUUACCUGGACGAUGAUGUACAUUCUAUCCGGAAACGCCGGCCACGCUAGACUUUACAAGGAAAGCAUGCAGACUGUACAACACGAGGUUAUGGAUAAAAAGAUUACCAAGGAUGUCGCCGUUGGUGUCAGCGCCUUUGAAUUUGACACGGUGUAUAUUCCAAAGUGGUGGGCGGAUGCUGUUGUCGCAGAGAAGAUUGUGACUUGGCGAGAACAUAAUGACGGAGGCCACUUCCCUGCUCUAGAAUGUAGUGACGUUUUGGCAGACGACAUUAGGGAGUUCGUACGACAGAUUCAGGGAAAAGAACGUGUUGUGUUAAUUGAAGCAGGUAAUUAAGGGUAACGUAGCGAAGCUAUUUGACUGUAUCACUACUGUAACUAUAAGUCAGUGUAAUAAACCACCUCCGUUCAAGCUAACGUCCUCAUCAGAUUCUGUCUUAAUGACUGGUGAUCCCGAAUCCAUCUGCUUGACGAGCGCCCUUACGUCUGCUGCCUUAAGGCGAGCGGUAAAGAAAGCCCCGCUUCUGUCUGGUGGUGUGCCAAAGACGCGGAUGUAAUCGCUGUUCUCUGCAGGAUCAUCGAUGUCGUGCCUUUUGGAAGUGUGUGUCAACUUGCG